AUUAUGAUUGGUUGGACUCCGGUAGAAAUACUUUGUGAAGAACGUUCCGGUUCUCACUUAAAGAAAAAACUAACACUGUGUGCAAAACAUGUCCAAACUGGAGAAAGAUCCAACAAGGAUUUCGACACGAUCAUUCUCGCAAUUGGCAGAAAACCUGCGACGCGUUUGCUCAAUUUAAAAAAUGCUGAGGUGCUCAUUGAAGACGACACCCACAAAAUCUGGGUAGAUAGCCAAGAUAUGACAACUACUGAGGACGUCUUUGCGCUUGGAGACUGUGCUUCCCAACGCCUCUCAACUCCAUCCACGCUUAUCAACUUUAACGGAGUGGCGUACCAGGCCGGGCUGAACUUGAGUAAGCGGUUGUACCACGGUCACAUUGACUCGAUGGAGUAUGACCAAGUUCUGCCCAGGUUCCUUCUCACGUAUCCUCACUCCUACGCCUGCGUCGGACUUUCGGAAGAAGAUGCAGUGAUUGAGCAUGGAGAGACGAAUAUUGACGUGUAUCACUCUAGGUCAAUCCCGUUGCAGUAUCAGCUAGGAAACAGAUAUAAAACGGUCUGCUAUGCAAAAAUGAUCACGCUAAAGUCGGAGGAUGAACGUAUCGUGGGUUUGCACUAUUUGGGUCCGAAUGCUGGCGAUGUCAUGCAAGGAUACGUUUUGGCUUUGAAACUGAAAGCGAGAAAGGUGGACAUGGACUCGAUGAUCAAUAUUCAUCCUACAAGUGCGGAAAUAUUUUCACGAAUGAGUAAAACCUUUGAAGAAUCGGAUCUCGUUUUGAAUAGCACGUGCUGACUUUAAAUUCAAUGUGAACACUAUCUCUCAAUCUCCCAUAAUUGGGAAGAUGGUGGUCAUAUCAUAAUUCAUUUCAGGAUAGAUACUUGAGUGUAGCUUGUGAAUUACUAUUUCACUUGUGACGAUUUAACUUUAAAGCCUUUAAAAGGUGGGGUUUGGUCUGAUAUAUGCUUCUCAAGUUAUCUCAGCAAAAAACAUCAAAUCAUGGACUUGCGAUCAUGUAUGUAAAAAGCGCAUGUUGUAUUCUCCUUUCAUUUUUCCAGUAACAAUUUGUAUAAACUAUAAACAUUCAAUAAAUUAAUAAAUCUUACGUGAAUAUAUAUGUAAGACGUUAAUUAAUUAACCAUUAGUUAUUUGGUUAAGUUGCCAGUUAUUUAUAAGUAUAUGGUAAGUACUACAAAAUAUCGUCAAACGGUUCCUCUUUGGUCUCAAUUUUCUUUAGCUGGACAGACAAAUAAAUAUCAUUAAUACCACAAACAUUGAUAACUACAGCUACGCCCACAAGUGUAAGACAUGUAAGGACGGGAAAGACCAGAUAAAA